AAUUUCUAUUAUCUAUUAUGGAUUCUAAUGUUCUUUCAUUCGCUAAUCUGAAGGCCGGACGCCUACACCAACAGAUUAUAGGGAGGAUGCAAAGCAUAUAAAGUGUUCUGUAUGCGCUCCAAAGAUAGAAUCAUAUAUAGGCUCUAAUUUCGAGGGCAUAUUUGUUUAACUUGCGGGCAGGUUUUGUCGGACAAAGGCUAUGACGGAGCAGCAGCAGAUAUCUGGUCUUGUGGUGUAAUUCUAUAUGUGCUCAUGGCUGGUUACUUGCCUUUUGAUGAGCCUAAUCUCAUGACAUUAUACAAACGUAUAUGCAAGGCUGAGUUUAGCUGCCCACCAUGGUUCUCUCCAGGUGCCAAGAGAGUCAUUAAGCGUAUUCUCGAACCCAGCCCUGUAACCAGAAUAAGUAUUGCAGAGUUACUAGAAGAUGAAUGGUUCAAGCAAGGAUACAAGCCGCCAUCAUUUGAUCAAGAUGAUGAGGACAUCACCAUAGAUGAUGUUGAUGCUGCUUUCAGUAACUCCAAGGAAUGUCUUGUGACAGAGAAGAAGGAGAAACCGGUAUCCAUGAACGCUUUCGAACUUAUCUCUAGCUCAAGAGAGUUCAGUCUUGAAAACUUGUUUGAGAAGCAAGCCCAACUUGUGAAGAGAGAGACGCGGUUUACAUCUCAACGAUCUGCGAGUGAGAUAAUGUCGAAAAUGGAAGAAACAGCAAAGCCAUUAGGCUUCAAUGUCGUAAAGACAACUACAAGAUAAAAAUGAAAGGAGACAAAAGUGGUCGUAAAGGUCAGCUCUCCGUAGCUACAGAGGUGUUUGAAGUUGCGCCAUCGUUGCAUGUGGUAGAGCUUAGGAAAACCGGCGGUGAUACCCUUGAGUUUCACAAGUUCUACAAAAACUUCUCAUCUAGAUUAAAGGAUGUAGUCUGGAAUACUGAUGCAGCCUCUGAAGAACAUAAGCAAUAAGAUAUAAUAACAAAUUGUUUAUCAAUUCAGA